AUGUCGAAGCUCAUUAACUAUGCUGAGGUGCAAAAGCACACCUCCAAAGACUCGUGCUGGGUUAUCCUCUACGGCAACGUCUGGGACGUCACAGACUUCCUUCCUUCACACCCUGGCGGAGCCCAGAUCAUCCUGAAACUCGCUGGCAAGGACGCCACUGAAGAGUACGAUCCCAUCCACCCCCCAGGCACUCUGGAGGAGAACCUCCCCAAAUCCGCCCGCCUGGGCCCCAUUGAUCCCAAGAGUUUGCCAGAGCCGGUCAAGUCGGCGAAAGAUGUCGGUCCACCACCCAAUACACAGGCUGAGGUCGAGGUGCCGCUGCAAGCAAUGUUGAACAUCGACGAGAUAGAGGCAGCUGCCACGAAGAAGCUGUCUAAAAAGGGCUGGGCUUAUUACUACUCCGCAGCGGACGACCUGGUGAGCAAGGAACUGAACAACACUGUCUAUCGCCAAAUCCUACUUCGGCCGCGCGUUUUUAUAGAUUGUCAGGACUGCGACCUCCGCACCAGCUUCCUUGGGUACAAGCUCGACCUGCCCGUCUUCGUUUCCCCAGCCGCCAUGGCUCGCCUGGCUCACCCUGACGGCGAAUGGGGCAUUGCACAGGCGUGCAAGAAGUUUGGCACGAUACAGAUGAUCUCCAACAACGCCAGUAUGACCCCCGAACAGAUCGUGAAGGAUGCAGGCCCCGAUCAAGUGUUCGGGUGGCAGUUGUAUGUGCAGACCGAGCGGAAAAAGAGUGAAGAUAUGUUGGCCAGGAUCAACAAAUUGGAUGCCAUCAAGUUUAUAUGUCUGACCCUCGAUGCACCAGUCCCUGGUAAACGAGAGCAUGAUGAACGUGGAAAGUUUAUUGUCGAGGACACGAGUCAGGCCGUCAAGGAUGCCGGUGGUGCCGAGUUGAAGGGCGGCGGUGGUAUCGGUCAAAGUCUUUUCUUUGGCACGGAUCCGACUUUGACCUGGACAGAAACGCUGCCUUGGUUGAAGAAGCACACCAAUAAGCCGAUUAUCCUCAAGGGUUUGCAGUGCCAUGAAGACGCAUAUAUUGCCGCACAACAUUCGCCACAGGUCAGGGGUAUCAUUUUGUCGAACCAUGGUGGGAGAGCAGCGGAUACGGCGCCGCCGGCUGUGCACACUUUAUUAGAGAUCAGAAAAUACUGCCCGGAAGUAUUCAACAAGAUUGACGUCGUCGUGGAUGGUGGUAUCAAGAGAGGAACGGAUGUGGUCAAGGCGCUGGCACUGGGUGCAAAAGCUGUUGGCAUUGGCCGUGCCGCGCUCUUUGGUCUGGGUGCCGGCGGCAUUGAGGGAGUCGAGAGAGUGUUGGAAAUACUCAGGGAUGAGACCGCCACCGCGACGCGAUUAUUGGGUGCUGCAAAGGUGACCGAUCUGGGUCCGCUGCAUAUCAACACCAGAGCUGUAGAGAGGGAUAUUUAUGAUGGACCCGCUAAUCUCCCUGGGCUCGAAGGCGCGAUGAAGGGGCUUUGGACCAGGGCGAAGCUGUGA